GGGGCUUAAUAUUUAACCCUAAUACACCUUCCGUUAAUCUUCCCCCCCAAACAUCCUCACAAGUAACCACCAUGGCUCUAAGGCGCCUCCUCUCUCGCUCUCGUGGUUUCCGCCCCCAUCAGUACCACCAUCUUCACCGCCUGGCCUCUUCUUCUGCCGUCGCUUCUCCCUCGCCUUCCCCUCCUCCACCCACUGCCAUGCUCUACGACCGCCUCGCCGAAUCCGUAAAACAAAAACUAAAUCGGCUCUCAAACCCCGACCCCAAAUUCCUAAAACACAACUCCCCUCACCCAACCCUCGCCGAUCACACCGCUAUCCUCACCUCACCCGCCACCAAAAUCACUACCCUCCCCAACGGCCUCCGCGUCGCCACUGAGUCACACCUUGCUGCACGCACCGCCACCGUUGGUGUUUGGAUUGAUGCCGGGUCUCGCUUCGAGAGCGCUGAUACUAAUGGCACUGCACAUUUCUUAGAGCAUAUGAUCUUUAAGGGUACUCAUAGAAGAUCUGCUAGGCAGCUUGAGGAAGAGAUUGAGAAUAUGGGCGGACAUUUGAAUGCUUAUACUUCUAGAGAACAGACUACUUACUUUGCUAAGGUUAUGGAUAAGGAUGUUUUUAAGGCGGUUGAUAUUUUGGCUGAUAUCUUGCAGAAUUCUAAGUUUGAUGAACCCAGGAUUACUCGUGAGCGUGAUGUUAUCUUGCGUGAGAUGGAGGAGGUUGAAGGGCAGACUGAGGAAGUGAUCUUUGAUCAUUUGCAUGCAACAGCUUUCCAGUAUACACCACUAGGCAGGACCAUUCUCGGACCUGCUGAGAAUAUCAAGACAAUCACAAAAUCUCAUCUUCAGAACUAUAUAGCAACACACUAUACGGCACCAAGGAUGGUUAUUGCUGCUUCGGGGGGUGUUAAACAUGAGGACCUUGUGGAGCAAGUAAAAUUACAUUUUACAAAGUUGUCAACUGAUCCAACCACUGCUGCUCAAUUAGUUGCAAAGGAACCAGCUACGUUUACGGGUUCUGAGGUUAGAAUGAUUGAUGAUGAUAUUCCAUUGGCCCAAUUUGCUGUUGCCUUCAAUGGAGCUUCAUACACAGAUCCGGAUUCAGUUGCAUUGAUGGUUAUGCAGUCGAUGCUUGGUUCGUGGAACAAAAAUGCUGGUGGUGGAAAGCAUAUGGGGUCUGAGCUUGCCCAAAGGGUUGGCAUCAACGAAAUCGCUGAAAGCAUGAUGGCAUUCAACACCAACUACAAAGAUACUGGCUUAUUUGGUGUUUAUGCUGUUGCUAAGCCUGAUUGUUUGGAUGAUUUGGCAUGGGCAAUUAUGCAAGAAGUUAGCAAGCUGUCUUAUCGGGUUUCAGAAGCUGACGUAACUCGUGCUUGUAACCAGUUGAAGUCAUCUCUGCUACUUCACAUUGAUGGAACAAGCCCAGUUGCUGAAGAUAUCGGCCGCCAGUUGCUCACUUAUGGCCGGAGGAUUUCAUUUGCCGAAUUGUUUGCUAGAAUUGAUGCUGUAGAUGCGAGCGUUGUGAAACGUGUUGCUAAUCGCUUUAUUUAUGACCAGGAUAUUGCUAUUGCUGCCAUGGGUCCUAUCCAGAAGUUGCCCGAUUACAACUGGUUCAGACGCAGGACCUACUUUAACCGUUAUUAGGUUAUCUUACCAUUUCUUUUAGUGAGCCCUCAAAUGGUGAGAUUUCAUAUAUAAGUUUGUUGCUUCUUCUUGCAACAAAGGUCUCAAAAGGUUGUUUGUAUUGCCAUUGUCAUUCAACUUUUUCAGUACAGUGCAAUUUUGUAACGUUAAUUUUAGGCAAUAAAUUACGUGCCUCUCAGUCUCUCUUUUCAACCUAUAUUUUGUAACGUUAGUUUCUGUGGCAGUUGUUAUUGGUAUAGUAAGAUGCUAAAUUUGGGUUGAGAUUUCCUUGUACGCCUAUCUUUAGCUGUAUGCAAUUCCUUGUCCUCAAAAAGGAAAAAUUCUUUAUAUUUUUUCUGCUCUUGAAAGAGACAGUAAUUCGGAAUGCUUCUGAAAAGCUUUUGGUUUCUGGUGAA